GUCACAGCUGAGGCCAUCAAGAUCCUCAAGGUCAUUGAGAAGGAGUCCAAGGACAUUACCUUCAACUUCAACGAGCAACCGCUGGGUGNNGCCUCGAUUGACGCACACGGUGUCCCUCUUACCGACGAGGCUCUCAGCGCCGCAAAGUCUGCCGAUGCCGUCCUUCUUGGUGCUAUCGGUGGUCCCGUACGUUCUCCACCAAACCUUUCCCGCCAGCCACACCGUCUGACAAGAAAACAUAGANAAUGGGGAACUGGAGCAGUCCGUCCCGAGCAGGGUCUUCUCAAGCUGCGCAAGGAGAUGGGCACAUUCGGCAACCUCAGACCCUGCUUCUUCGCCUCCGACUCGCUCAUCGAGGGCUCGCCGCUCAAAGCUGAAGUCUGCCGUGGUGUCAACUUCAACAUUGUUCGCGAGUUGACCGGUGGUAUCUACUUCGGUGACCGUACCGAGGAUGAUGGCUCAGGUUACGCCAUGGACACCGAACCCUACUCGCGCCCCGAGAUUGAGCGCAUCACCCGCCUCGCUGCCAACCUCGCUCUCGCCGAGAACNCCCCAGUUCCCGUCUGGAGUUUGGACAAGGCCAAUGUGCUUGCCACCAGCAGACUGUGGAGAAAGGUCGUCACCGAGGUCAUGGAGAAGGAGUUCCCGCAAUUGCAGAUUGGUCACCAGCUCAUCGACAGCGCUGCCAUGAUCAUGGUCAAGAACNCCCGUGCUCUCAACGGUGUCAUUGUCACCAGCAACUUGUUCGGCGACAUCAUCUCGGAUGAGGCUUCGGUCAUUCCCGGCAGUUUGGGUCUGUUGCCCAGCGCUUCGCUCAGUGGUGUCCCCGAUGGCAAGAGCAAGUGCAAUGGUAUCUACGAGCCCAUCCACGUCGGCAUGAUGCUCAAGUACUCGCUCCAAGAGCCCGAACUCGCCAAGUCUGUCGACGAGGCCGUCAAGAUCGUCAUCGAGCAAGGCAUCAAGACCGGCGACAUUGGCGGCAAGGCAAAGACCGCAGAAGUCGGUGACGCCGUUGCCAGCGAGUUGACCAAGAUCCUCAAGAAGUAA